GCUGCGCGGUACCGGUCGGGGGUUCCGGCUGCAUUUCCAUGAGAGCAGCCGGCAAGAGCGGAAGAAGUGGAACCGAACCGGGGGGGAAAAUCACGUCGCCAUCGCCAACCAGCGGCAGGAUAAUUUGACUACAAACUUUGAUCUAUCUCAGCUCAACGGCUUUCUAAGGACGAUAUUCAAGAAUUCUCACCAUCAAGGCACAAGUAACAUCGGAUAAGAAGGUGCCAACGAGUUGCAUUAGGAGGACAGACUAUCCAUACCAAUGACAUCAUGGGUUCCCAAAGUGCUAGAGUGUGGAAAGUUGUUUAAAAUCUGAGAAAUCGUCUGUAUCUUGCUUUCCACAAUGAGUUGGGUUCUUCUUGUGAGAACAGGCUCAAGAUGAAUGCAAUGCUAGAAACCUCUGAGCUGCCUGCUGUAUUUGAUGGGGUGAAGUUAGCUGCUGUGGCUGCUGUGCUCUAUGUGAUCGUCAGAUGUUUGAAUCUCAAAAGCCCGACUGCCCCACCUGACCUCUAUUUCCAGGACUCUGGGCUAUCUCGAUUUCUGCUAAAGUCCUGUCCCCUCCUGACCAAAGAAUAUAUUCCACCCUUGAUAUGGGGGAAGAGUGGACACAUCCAGACUGCUUUGUAUGGGAAAAUGGGAAGGGUGAGGUCACCUCAUCCUUAUGGCCACCGAAAGUUCAUCACCAUGUCAGAUGGAGCUACUUCCACCUUUGACCUCUUUGAACCUUUGGCUGAACAUUGCAUUGGAGACGAUGUCACAAUGGUCAUCUGUCCUGGAAUUGCCAACCAUAGUGAGAAGCAGUACAUCCGAACCUUUGUUGACUAUGCCCAGAAAAAUGGAUAUCGAUGUGCUGUGCUGAACCACCUGGGUGCACUACCCAAUAUUGAGUUGACAUCUCCUCGAAUGUUUACUUAUGGCUGUACCUGGGAAUUUGGAGCCAUGGUGAGCUACAUCAAGAAGACUUAUCCCCAGACCCAACUGGUUGUAGUGGGCUUUAGUCUGGGUGGAAACAUCGUGUGUAAAUACCUGGGUGAAACCCAGGCAAAUCAAGAAAGAGUACUUUGCUGUGUCAGUGUAUGUCAAGGAUACAGUGCAUUAAGGGCACAGGAAACCUUUAUGCAGUGGGAUCAGUGCCGAAGAUUUUACAACUUCCUCAUGGCUGACAACAUGAAGAAAAUCAUUCUUUCUCACAGGCAAGUUCUGUUUGGAAACAAUGUUAAGAAACCUCAAAGCCUUGAGGAUACUGACUUGAGCAGAUUGUACACAGCAACAUCCCUUAUGCAAAUUGAUGACAAUGUGAUGAGGAAGUUCCAUGGCUAUAAUUCUCUGAAAGAAUAUUAUGAAGAAGAAAGCUGCAUGAGAUAUCUGCACAGGAUUUACGUCCCGCUCAUGCUGGUUAAUGCUGCUGAUGACCCCUUGGUGCAUGAUAGCCUUUUAACAAUCCCCAGAGCUCUUUCGGAGAAACGAGAGAAUGUCAUGUUUGUGCUGCCGCUUCAUGGAGGUCACUUGGGCUUCUUUGAGGGUGCUGUUCUUUUCCCGGAACCCCUGACCUGGAUGGAUAAGCUGGUGGUGCAGUAUGCCAAUGCCAUUUGCCAAUGGGAGCGUAACAAAUCCCAGUGCUCAGACACAGAGCAAAUGGACGCCGAUCUGGAGUGAUGCCCUUACAGACUCAGAAGCACUCCAGCAGCCCUUCCUUCUGAAACUACUCAUCUCUUCACUUGCUGCUUCAGGUUUUUAUCCUUCUCAAUAACCUGGGUAUGUCAGCAGGGAAGCUGCCCACCAAGAGCACCUCUCGUCGAGGCAGAUGACUGUCCCCAGGAUCUUCAGGCUAUUUUUGUGCUUAGGUUACUGGUUUUCUUUAUUGCAUUAUUGGCCAUGAUAAUGAGUGGCGGGAUUCUUGAUCACCUGUCCAAUUUCAGCAUUUGAUUAAGCCAAUUGUCAUCUAAUUUCCCUAUUAAAAAUGUAUCUGAAAACAUCAUCUUUGCUUUGCCAGUCAAAAAAUCCUCCCAAGAAAGUGGCAAGAUAUAUCCUAAAGUUUUACGACUAUACUUUAUGCCGUUAUUUCAGCUCUGAAAGGGCCUGUGGUUCCAAGCCAAUACUGAGGAGAGGGAGCUUGAACCACUUAGUAUAUGAGAGUUUGGGGGAGUGUGAGCUCCAUAAGCAGGAAAAAAAAAUCAGCUUCUAUAAUAAGCCAAGUUCCAUAUUUACAACACUUCUUAAAGGGUCUUUCACCCUGUUCAGCAAAGCAUUUAGAUUAGAACUAUCUUGUGUAGAAUUUCUUACUGAAGUUUAUAACCAGAGGUGUCUGAGUAUCAGUGACUAUCAACUUCAGACAUAAUGAAGGCACACCAUUUUGGGAUUGCGUUUUCUGCAUUUGCAGUAGAUUGUAGUGGACAGAAAACUAGCAAUCCUAGUUCUGCCACGAUGACCUUAGGCAAGUCAUUUAACCUCUGUCAGCCUCAGUUUCCUCAUCUGUAAAAUGAGAGAGUUGGACUGGUUGAUACCUGAGCCUGUCCAACUCUAAAAUUAUAUGAUGAUUUAUAUUUGGCUAGAUUUUGAGAGAACAGAGUUCCAGAUGACUUCUUGUUCUUUGAAUUCUUGCCCACAUCAAACAAGUAGCCUUGAUAUGAUCGUUUGCCUUUCUUUUAUUUCCUCAUUACUUGUGUAAAGGAUUUUAUUUAGCACUGAAUCAUGUGGUAGGUUUUUUGUUUGUUUGUUUGUUUGUUUGUUUUAACCCAGGUCUCCUUGACACUGGCUUGGCAAUUCAAAAGUAGAAUUUAAGUUUAGACAAAGUUAAACAUCUCCAUUUAAAAAGUUGUCUUUUUUGGAACAGAAUUUUUACUGAAUCUCCUUUACUUAUAUACUGUCAGAGAGACUUUUCCAGAGUCUCAAGUCAAAAAAUGUCAGUUGGGAUUUGGGGUUUUAUCCUUUUCCUGAUCUGUUGGCCCCUCUGUAUCUAAAACCUCCAGUGGUUUCUGUAAUAUGAAGUUGCUAAAAACCAGCAGUUGCUUUAUGGUAUUGUACAGCAUUUAUAAUGAUACUACUAGGCAUCCUUUUCAGUCUUUUACCUUCUUUAACUUCUUUGACUCCAGCAAUAAGUAGAGGCUAAUUUGGAAAGCUCAGCUGGGGAGAACUACUCAGGCACUUUGAAGGCACUAUUUUUAUGUCCAUUGACAGAAGGAUAUGUGUAUUGCCCCAAGUGACCAUGAUGAUAAUGACUUAUUUCUACCCUAAAGGAAUUCUGUGUGACAAUCAUUAGAUCACCAUCUUAUUAGAAUGAACAACGGCCAGUAUUGAAAAAUAUUGGAACUUCUUUGGUGUCAGCUUUGCUUUCUGAUUGUUUCCCUGUUCAAUUUAUUGUAAUCUUUUCCAAAUUAUAUUCUUUAUUGCCUUUCCUGUGACACUCUUUUAGCACCAAUUAGCACUUUAUUAUAUUAACCUUGAUUUGGCAAUUAUCCACUUUAGUUGUGGUCAAAAAAUUCCAUUCCCCCAUCCCCAACCCCCUACCUACUCACAACUGAAAUCUAGAACAUUCAUAGACAGACUUCCUGAUGCUGCCAUCACUUCUCUAAACUUAGAUUAGUUAAACCAAGCAAUAAUUUUAUAACCAUUGAAUUACUGCAUCAAAAAUGGUAGACUCCUUUUGUUUGCCUUUGGCCAUCUUUUCUGGCCUAUUCUAAUAACUGGCGCUUAUGCAUGUGCUGCUACAUUCAGUAGGAAAAAGGAUCAGAUCACCAUUGUUCCAUACACAAAAGACUGAAGGUAGGGGAAAGAUCCAGCCAAGUGGGAAACUGUCUUUUUCCCCUGUGAAGACUGUUUCCUGGGGACUGGUUAGCAGGAUCAUUCUCUGUUUGCUUUUGUUGGAAAAGAGUCACAUCUGUCUUUCAGCUUUUAUGACUGCAAAACCAGAAUUUAACAUGCAGCAUCCUGUGGACAACAUCCCAGCUAAAAUCUUUUGUGCAAUGUGACUGACAGUGGCAUUUACAUUCCAUUUUGGCCCAAGUGGAAUUGACUGAAACCCUUUGUAUGUGUUCCAGUCUCUUCAGCAUAGAAAUGAGGGUGUGGAUGUGGCUUUUUGUCUUACAAGGAAAUCCUUGUUCUUGUUUGCUCCUCGGGUGAAUAUGGGUAGCAUUGAAUUUAGAGAAAUGCCAGCCUCCCAAUAAGCCAUGGGUGCAGCAUAUCAUUUUAUUUGGAGAUUUUCUUUUCCAUUCCUCCAGGCUUCCUAUUUUAUUCCUCCCAGCCCACGCUGACAGCCAGUAACGAUUACCAAGAAGUAGAGGUUUUUUCCUUUGCUCUCUGUCUGCUAGCCUGGUAACUUGUCUGCAUUUGAUUGGUUGAAUCCACAUAAAAUGACCUGUGUCUAGGGAAGAAAACAUUUUUGGCCAUUUCUUAAACCUGUUUUAAGAUAUUCUUAAUAUAAAGUAGCAAGGAAAACCUGGGCUACUUUUCAAACCCUACUCUACCUCCCCCUUAACCAGAAAUAAAACCAUACCAAUCAGGGCUAAUAUGAACUUGGAUUUCCAAAUGGUGUUGGAAGUGGUAUGUCUAGUUUUAAAUCAGAUUCUGAGCUGCUGUACCAACACAGGAGCAGUGAUAAUAAACCAAAGUGUAAUGAAUGUUCAUAUUUCUUCCUGCUGUAUUCUUUUCACCUCAAAAAGCAAAAGUAAGCCACAGUUUAGUAACUCAUCCAGACUAGCUUAGUAUUUGGUAUAGUAUAGGGAGGAGCAGUUGCCACUUGGAAAGUAAUGUCAAGACCCCUUGAUCCAUUUAUGUUUAAGGAUGCUUUUAACAGAUUUAGAAAACAAGCCUUUGUCUCUCCAGGAGGGAGGCUCCCAUCACCAUAGGAUAGAGGCAGAAGAGAUUUUUUUUUCAUUUGUUCCAGGUCUUUGUUUAAUGCCCUUGGAGUCAUCUUUUAUCUUUUAAUGUAUAGAGGUUGUGUUACCACAUCCUUCCAAUAUGGAAGUUCAUCUGAAAAAGGGAGUCUGCAUUCUUGACUCUCUUUAUUAAGGCCUUGACUUAGUUACCACAUCUAGUUGCUGGUCACUGGUGGUCAGCAUAGAUUCGUUCUUCUAACCUAGAUCUGUUUACAGACCCUCUAGGCUGAGCCUGACCACUACUACCUUCUCGAAAUUCCUUGCAUAUGGAAUAUAACUGUGUCAAAGCUUAGCUUACUAAGGUUUAGGGAAAGAGAUAUUGUAUUUAAAAAACUGUUAUUAGGAAAGACCAUUGGUACCAGCUGGAGCACUGUGUCAUACCUUCAGGACCUUCUGUAGUGUGACCAUUAUUACCUUAAACCCUUUCUCAAUUCUAAAGUGUUUGUAAUCUUGGCCCAGAUUUCAUGGGGAACCAGUUGAGUAUCGUCAUUCAGCACAUGAGCCAAGCAGGACAACAAGACUCUUCUUAAGGUAGAAAAUUCCACAUGCUCAGCCUUUUCUUUUCCAAAACUAGCUCUGAAGUUCUGUAAUUCAGUUAUUAAAGCAAUUUGUAGCCUUCAGCAUAACUAGGCAUAACUCUUUAUAUAGCCAAGCUCACCAUGCCGUGCAUCCAAAUUACAAAUCUCUUUAUAACAUGACUUAAGAUCUGUGAGUUCCAGGGGCACAAUGGAACUUUUGUUCUUGCUUAUGCUUUAUAAGUGAGCAGAUGUGUGGGAUAUGAGCUGUUUUUCUUCUUCAAUACAGCACUGAUUCUGACUUAGGCCUGAAGUAAAGAUUAUUGAAUCAUGCUAGCUUAAAAGAUAUUACAGGUCUUCAUACUUCAGGCAGUACAGAAGGGCCAUUUAGUACUAUAUCAUUGCAGUGUCCUAUCAGGUAUCCUUGGGAAUGUCUUCCUUCACACCCAGAGCCUCCAGGAAAUCCUCUGAUAUCUAUCAUAAUAUUGUAGUGUCUCUCUGCUGUGAGAGAUUGAACCAGAACCAUCAUAAGGCAGGAAACAUAGUCCCCACUCUCAUUAUAACUAGUCUGACUCCUAAAAUCCAGCCAAAACUCACUAAGCCUGUAGACCUACAGAACUCUUUCUACCUAGGCUACUGCCUAAAACCUCUUGGAUCAAAUAAAUGAUUCGCAGGUAUUGAGUUUGGGUUUGCCCCCCUUUAGAAUUAUAAAGAUUGGGCUGCCUCUAAUCUGGGGAGAAGAAGCAGCUAAGGAAGUUUUCUUCCUCCUUAUCACUAAAGCAAAAGAAAUUAACUCUCCAUGCCUCUCUGAGAUGAGGAUCACUGUUGCCAAAUCGUAUAGGAGAGUACAAGCAGGGGCAGAGAACUAUGAGACCUUCUAGUCUAAAAAGCUGCUUCUUCUGACCACUGUUGCAUCUUCCUUGUGACUCAGCAACACUGCAGGUGUUUCUCUUACAAAGGGGGCAUGGUGUGAGGCCAGUACCCCAAGGCAGGAAAGCCAAACCAGCCAACCCUUUUUUCAGGUACCAAUCAUCAGAGCUGCCUCUUCUAGGAUAUCAACUGUCUCUAUAAUAGGCUCAUCUAUUCCCUAAUUUCCUAAUUAUAAUGUUGACUAAAGCUUUCAUAUACUUUAAUGAGUGAACUUAUAUAGUUCCUAGCCAUUGCGUUAGGUCACAUAUUCUGAUUUCCAUGAAGCCUCUAGAUCUUUGCUUCACUUUUGAUGACUAGUAAUAAAACCUUAACUUAAGAAUAUUAACUUAACUUAUAGAAAAUAAUUGUGUUGACAUUAGCCAGGAUCCACUAUUGCCAUAAAUUCAAGGAUAGCCUUCAUUUGAGGGAUCUGCGGAAGCGCCUUCCAUUUCGAUAUCCAACUUUCUUCCAGGCCUCCCAUGAUAUGGUAGCCAACAGGCCAUAAAAGUUCAGCUGACCAACUCGGGCCUAAUGAAACCCACUCACUUCACAAACUGUUCAUGGCCAUGAACAAUUUUUCUUUAUUUCAGAAGUAGUUUUCCCCUGAGGGAUUUUUUUGUGGGGGGAGAAUGGGGGAACAGACCUUUUUCAUUUUUCCUAAAGCACAAUUCAAAGUAAAACUCUCCUUCCACACUGGUUCCAGAUGAUGGGAUAGUUCACUCUGCCUCAGGAAGACCUACACUGUACCUGAGCUUUCUGACUUUUGCCACUACAGCGGCCUUAGCGAAGCUGGGGAGGGGGGAGGGGGGAUGGGGGAGGGGAAAGGAGGGGGAGUGAGUGUGCAUUUCUUUCUGUAUUUUGGUUGGACUCUCCUGUUCAACAUAUCUUCUUAAUUUUGGCAGAUUUGCUUCCAAAUAGGUUUGUAAAGAACCAUCACUUCCACAUUCCUGUUAGGUUACAAGGUUGUUUUUUUCCCCUAAAUUUAAAAUGCUGCCCUGAAAAAAAAAAUUAGUUUGUAUACUGAAAACCUUCCAGCUUUUGGAUCUUAAAGGGGGGAGGUGGGGAGAAUGGGAUCCUUUAGCUCUAAGGCAUUUAGGAUUUGCAACUAGCAAUGCAAUUUUUUCUAAAUAUGGUGAUGUUUACCUUUAUUAAGAAAAUUAUAUUAAGCAAUGAUGUCCUUGAUCUUUUUAUUUUCUCAUAUUACUUUUGGACCUAUUUUGAUUCUGUGUGGUGGUAAACAAAGAUCAUUGCAAACAAAAAACGAUAAUUUUGUUAUCUUUGAUUCAAUGGAAUUUCUUUACUUAAAAAAAAAAAUAAAGGACAAAAUCAACCAA